ACUGCAUUAGUUUCAUGUCCACACAGCAGCGGCCGCGUCGCGCGUGUAUAACGUAUUAGUACUGUAGCGGAUCAGCUAGCUCGAUCGUGCUAUCGCCGCUACACUCGGUGGCCAAGCGGACAGUCAGGCGGUGGUGACACAAGGAUUUCCAGGGCCAACAUUUUCCGGAAGACAGGAACGGAAGUCGAAAAAUCAGUGAUACAAUUUCCCGUAUUGCUUUUAAUAUUUAUUCAAGAUGGUGGCAUUAAUCAGGAGAAGAUCUCGACUGUUGCUGAUUGGCGCAGUAGCGUGGAUUGUUAUCGUACUUCUGUAUCUUCACAACAACGACGAUGGGCAAAAAAAUUCAAGAAAAGGAAGACUGAAAUUUGAUGCCGCAGAUGUACCAGCACAUUUAGGGGACAUUAACAACCCUGAACACGCCCAUGAAAAGGACAAAUCAUGGAGAAACUUUGAUGUUGCCGCAUACAUAGAGAAAACCAAAGUUCGCCCGGGUGGUGAUGCCUACGUGAGAAAUAAGUUCAACCAAGUAGAGAGUGACAAACUUGCCAUGGAUAGAGAGGUACCAGACACAAGAAAUUCACUAUGCAGAAAACUUUCAUGGGAUUCGAUUUUACCUGCUACAAGUGUCAUCAUUACUUUCCACAAUGAAGCACGCUCAACAUUAGUUAGAACAGUCGUCAGUGUCCUGAGGAGAAGCCCGCCUCAUAUGAUCAAGGAAAUUAUUCUGGUGGAUGAUUACAGUGAUGACCCUGAAGACGGUGAAGAAUUACUCAAGAUUGAGAAGGUGAAACUUCUGCGGAAUGAAAAGAGACAAGGAUUGAUCCGAUCACGUGUGAGAGGUGCUGACCUGGCCACUGGAGAGAUCCUUACCUUCUUAGAUAGCCAUUGUGAGUGUAAUGAGCACUGGCUGGAGCCGCUGGUAGCUAGGGUAAAUGAGGAUUACCGUGCCGUCGUCAGCCCCAUCAUAGACGUCAUCAACAUGGACAACUUCCAUUACGUGGCUGCCUCGGCCGACCUGAAGGGGGGAUUUGACUGGAAUCUAGUCUUCAAGUGGGACUACAUGACCCAGGCAGAGAGGAACAGCAGGAGGGCAGAUCCUAUAGCUCCUAUCAGAACACCAAUGAUUGCAGGAGGAUUGUUUACUAUAUCCAAAAGAUGGUUUGAAGAGCUGGGGCAGUAUGAUAUGAUGAUGGAUGUAUGGGGAGGAGAAAAUUUAGAAAUUUCCUUUAGGGUGUGGCAGUGUGGGGGUAGUCUAGAGAUCAUUCCUUGCAGUAGAGUGGGACACGUCUUCCGAAAACAGCAUCCUUACACCUUCCCAGGGGGAAGUGGAAAUGUAUUUGCGAGAAACACACGAAGAGCAGCUGAAGUAUGGAUGGAUGAAUUUAGAGAAUUUUAUUAUGCUGCAGUGCCUUCUGCAAGAAAUGUCCCCUUUGGAAAUAUCCAGGCAAGGACAGAACUAAGAGAAAAACUCCACUGCAAGCCUUUUAAAUGGUACCUUGAAAACGUCUAUCCAGAAUUAAGAGUACCAGAUAAACAAGAUAUAGCCUUUGGUUCAAUACAACAAGGUUCUAUGUGUAUGGAUACACUAGGCCAUGUACAUCAAGGAACGCUGGGUCUCUAUGACUGUCAUAAUAGUGGAGGAAAUCAGGAGUUUUCAUUUACAAAGGAUAAAUUGAUAAAGCAUUCAGAUCUGUGUUUAACAGUCACAGACAGGAAAUCAGGGACACCUAUUACACUACAAGGCUGUCAGCCUCAUAAUGUUAACCAGAAAUGGGACCAGACAGACAACAAGCGUACGUUCCGCUUCCAAAACUCCGACCUAUGUUUAGACAGCAAGGGCCAUAAAGAACACGGCCUCGUCGUCGAGACCUGCAAUCAACGUUCCCUCACUCAACACUUUAAAUUUUCAAUGUCCAACAUCGCUCACUGACAUCACGUUCAUCACACCAUCUAAGAAUUGCCUUCGUAUCCCGGGGUUACAUUCCCACUCCACUUUUACCUUCCCCCUUUCAGCAUUUGUAUUUUUCUAUCAAAAUCUGUAUAAAACAAAGAGAGUUACGAAGUUGAUGUACAAGAAGAAAAUAAGUGCUGUGGUACAUCGACCAAGCAUCUGUCAUUUUCAUCCUUCUUGUGAGAUUGUGUAUGUGUGUGUGUGCGGUCUCUGUCUAUAUAUUUUUGUGGCUGCUGUAUUAUAGAGGCAUAUUACCCAGGGAAGUUCACCUGUAUCACGCCUGUACACAUGAAAUUCACUGAGAAAGAAUCCCUUUUCAGGCCAUCUGAAUUUAUUUUAGCAGAUCCAUAUAUUAGAAACCGAAUGAUGGGUGGUUUAGAAUGUGCAAAAUCUUCCAAAUCAUAAUUUCGGGAUGCUGUGGGGAGACGUUCUUGAACAUUUUUUAAUUGAAAAACUGAAAUUUUUUGUGUUUUGUGUGUUAUGCAAUUUUAUCUGUUUUGAAGUAGGGACACUCAUUGCAAAGAAGUCUUCUUUUUUUUUGGGGGGGGGGGGGGGGUGCAAAAUAGAUGUUAUUUGAAAUCCUAGAACAGUCAGUCCCGUGAUACACCGAUUAUAUUCUCUACCUAAAGCCAGACGGACAAUAAUUCACAUGAAUUUUACAGAGUUAUUACCCUUCUGGCUCCAAACAGACAUCAUGAAGUGAACAUCCUGGGUAUUUUAUACUCAUUCAACUAUGAAUGGAAUCUAUAAGAACUGAAGUUGCUAGUGUACAUGUAUGUAUUGUGUGACUUGUCCUUUUAUUACCCUCAUUCACUUUUUAGUAGAUAGUACUUUAUAAACAGCCAUUAUAUUUUUUUGAAAUUUGUUACCUAUUUACUACUUAAGCACCAUCGCAAAAAAUUGUAAGAUAAUCAUUUUGAAAUAACCUAAAAUACUUUUUUUUUUUUUUUCUGACACGUUAUGGAUAUGCGCUUAUUUUCUUCCUCUUUGUUAUUUUUCAUACUUAUGCCAGUUUAUGAAUUUAUUUUCAAUUGAUGAUCUGUCACAAUUUAUGAUGCAAAAAAUGUUUCAUUCCAUUGUAUAAUACUUAACUUUACUUACAUGUUUGUACCUAAAUAGAAAACUGAAUGUAAAAUUAUUAGUGACUUCUGUACUACAACCUUGAAUGACACACAAUUUUUCUUUUUUCUUAAAACUUUGUAGUCAUAUUCAAUUACCCUGUAUUUUCUCACUAGUAACAAAAUUUCAGAAUCCUGAAAAGAAAUCAGCAUUCUGCUAGAACAUGUUCAGUUGCAGUACCGGUAUCUGCCAAUUACAAUCAUAAAUUUGCUUGCCUUUUGACAGAUUCUGUUGACAAUGUUGUUUUUAGGGUAUAUUGAUUUUAAGAAUAAGUUUGAAGAUAAAUACAUGCAUUUGGAGACUUUCAUGUGCCUGUAUGUCAGUACAUUACUCUGUGAAAAUCAAAUUUGUUUAGCCGUUUUGGCCGUGAGUCAUGAAAAGGAUUUUUAAAAAGAUCAAUAAUGAUGUAAGUAUUUCUAAUUGCUGAUAUGUAUUAUUUAAUCUGUAAUGUAAUAUAUAUGAAAUUUAGAAGUAUAUUUUUCUCUGAUGUUUCUCCAUUCAUGCUUUUAUCUUGCUUUUAAUGUAAUGUCAUUCAAAUAGUUUCCAUGUCUGCUGACUAUUUUCUGCAAUUGAGUGUGACAUGAGUAAUUUUGUCCUGUGCAUUUCAGAUUUCCCUAACUUCACAUUUAUAGAUCAAUAAUUACGCUUUGCUGUGGGAAUCUCCUUUUCAUUCCGAUUGUCAUUCAUGUAAAA